UGUGCCCAGGGUCACCCUGGGGACGUCUCACCCCGCCCUUCAUUUCCAGGGGACGCGGGGAGCCCUGUCCCCCCAGCAAAGCCUCUUCGGGUGAAGAAGAAGGCGCCAGCGGGGGAAGGGACCCAGACGGGAAAGACAAAGAAGAAAGGGUCUGGGCCAGCUGACAAGGAGCCCCCGGCGAGCUCAGCCGGAACGCAGAAGGCCCCGGAGGCCCUGUUUCUGGUUGGGGACGGCGGCCCCGCGGGGAAAGCCCUGAAGAAGAAAGGUGCUCCCAAAGACUCGGAGGAGGAGAGGAAGCGGGAAGAGGGGGAGGAGGAAGACCUGGCAGCUGUGGCGACCAAGAACAGCAACCAGAAGGGCAAAGCCAAAGGAAAAGGCAAAAAGAAAGCGAAGGAGGCGCGGGCCACGACCCCACCCGUGGGAGUGGGCGAGCCCCGGGAGUUCGUGCUGCGGCCGGCCCCUCAGGGCCGCACAGUGCGCUGCCGGCUGACGCGGGACAAGAGGGGCAUGGACCGGGGCCUGUACCCCUCCUACUUCCUGCACCUGGACUCCGAGAAAAAGGUGUUCCUCUUGGCUGGCAGGAAGCGGAAACGGAGCAAGACGGCCAAUUACCUCAUGUCCAGCGACCCCACCAACCUGUCCCGAGGAGGGGAGAAUUUUGUCGGGAAGCUGAGGUCCAACCUCCUGGGGAACCGCUUCACCGUCUUUGACAACGGGCAGAACCCGCGCCGCGGGGGAGGCGGCGCUGACGUGGGGAGCCUCCGGCAGGAGCUGGCAGCGGUGAUUUACGAAACCAACGUGCUGGGCUUCCGAGGUCCGCGGCGCAUGACGGUCAUCAUUCCGGGCAUGAAUUCGGACAACGAGAGGGUCCCCAUCCGGCCCCGAAAUGCCAGCGAUGGGCUGCUGGUGCGCUGGCAGAACAAGACUCUGGAGAGACUCAUUGAGCUGCACAACAAGCCACCAUUGUGGAACGAAGCCACUGGCUCCUACACCCUCAACUUCCAAGGCAGAGUCACGCAGGCCUCCGUCAAGAACUUCCAGAUCGUGCACUCUGACGACCCUGACUACAUCGUGCUGCAGUUCGGCCGCGUGGCCGAGGACGCCUUCACCCUAGACUACCGGUACCCGCUGUGCGCCCUGCAGGCCUUCGCCAUCGCCCUCUCCAGCUUCGACGGGAAGCUCGCUUGCGAGUGACGGCGGCGGCACCCCAAGUCCCAGAGCCGCCGGGAUCGGAAAGGACUCGGUGGAGGCUUCAGGGUCCCCUCACCAAAGCCCCCACUGAGGACGCCUC